AGGAAUGGAGAAACCCCAGACCGAAAGUAGCAAGAGUGGCACGGACUACAAAUUAUCCUGGCCCCAGUGUGAGGCAAAGACAAUUCCAAUCGGAAGACGUGUGGCGAGGACACCACCGCAGGGUAUGAUAACUAUAACUAUAUACGGCCAUCAGCCUCGGCGCUUAGCGAUACUUUUACCCUGUACCUCGAAGAAUCUACUUUACUCAUAACUUCCGCGGUCUUUGUUAACGGUAAUAGUACCAUCACCAUCUACAGCAUUUAGUACACCCACAGAAACUGCCCAUCAUGUCAGGUUGGGACCUAGAUGACGAAAGCGCCAAAGUCCUGGACAUAUGGGUUUCGGUCAAACCUCAAAACGAAGCUGAUCUCGCCAGCCCUUCAACCUCAUCCACCGUUCAGGCGGCAGCUAAUACUCUCUGGACUUUUCUAGACACGCCGCCAGGCGCAUUUACCGCCGAGUUUGAGGACUUCGACAAUCGCUUCGCACGUGUUGAGAAUGCGCUUGUAGAGCUUUGCCUUCUUCAUCCCCGUUCCAUGGACUGGGGAAUUGCAGUUAUGUAUCAAAUUAUCAAAGAUGCACCGGGUGAUGCUAUCUUUGGUCUUGGAGAGGGAUCUGAAGGCGCAAGACGCGAUCUUGAACGCUUCUUUGGAAACUACCUAUCAUUUUACGCAGACGGGACCCAUGGUAGCGUAGGUACGAAGCCAAAGGACAGACAAGGCGCAAAAGACCCAUUCACGGUGCAAUUUACGGCUAGAGAAGUAGAAGACCACGCGGAUGAGGUGGUGAAGAAAAUGGCGAACAUAAGAAAGAACAGAUGGAAAACCAUGAUUGUCCAAUGUCUUGCAGCGCGUUGCCAUGUUCUCGAAACGGUGGAACAUGCAUACAAACAAGCCUUAGUCAAUCAACUUGUGGAGUUCUUGGAGAUUCAGCUGGACAUAAGUCAUCGUGAAUGGAGUACGAUUGACUGUGUUGGGCUUUUGACCAUGCUUAGAGGGUCAGCAGCUUACCUUCUAUCGACCUUCCCGGCCGAGGAACGGGAGACGAAGAGACAAGAUUGGAUCAAGGGGCUCAACAGUUUACUGUCAACAAGCCACCAGGGAAGAGCCCCAGAAGACAAAGCUGAUGAUAUCCGGAUUAAAUCACAUGCUGCAUUGGCUUUGAAGAAUCUCAGGGCGGGAGGGCUCAACGAACCCAGUGUGGAUCUUUUCGAUGUUCAAUAUUGGAUGUUCUGAAUGAUUUCUAGGGUCUUUGGAUGAUGGCAAAACGCCACUCGAAGCUCACUUGAGG